AUGCAGCCCAUGCCGCAUGACAAUAGUAGCGUGUGCUUGCAGCCCAUGCCGCAUGACAAUAGUAGCGUGUGCUUGCAGCCCAUGCCGCAUGACAAUAGUAGCGUGUGCUUGCAGCCCAUGCCGCAUGACAAUAGUAGCGUGUGCUUGCAGCCCAUGCCGCAUGACAAUAGUAGCGUGUGCUUGCAGCCCAUGCCGCAUGACAAUAGUAGCGUGUGCUUGCAGCCCAUGCCGCAUGACAAUAGUAGCGUGUGCUUGCAGCCCAUGCCGCAUGACAAUAGUAGCGUGUGCUUGCAGCCCAUGCCGCAUGACAAUAGUAGCGUGUGCUUGCAGCCCAUGCCGCAUGACAAUAGUAGCGUGUGCUUGCAGCCCAUGCUGCAUGACAAUAGUAGCGUGUGCUUGCAGCCCAUGCCGCAUGACAAUAGUAGCGUGUGCUUGCAGCCCAGCCAGCCCCUUCUGGAGCCGCCAAGACCCCAGCCUCGCCAGUGGCCCUACUUCAUCCGCGCACCUUGGUCAUUCCUGUCGCUCCCAAACCUCCUGGCGUUCCCAAACCUCCUGCCGUUCCCAAACCUCCUGUCGCUCCCAAACCUCCUGUCGUUCCCAAACCUCCUGUCGCUCCCUAACCUCCUGGCGCUGUACCGCUGCAAGCACUUCCUUGCCCAAACCCUCGGCCUCAUCACUUCCUCUCCUCCCCCUUUUUUGCCCCAUCCCACCACUCAUCCCCCCUCCCCUCGGCCAUUCGUGUCGCUGCGCGCAGACCUGCUGGCGCUGUACCGCUACAAGCACUUUGUAGCCAUAUUCACAGACGACCGGUUUGGGCGGAACGGCAUCAGCGUUCUCGAAAACAUCCUGCAGAACCGAUGGGGCUGGCAGCACCUGAUAGUGGCACGAGUGGCAUUGAAGCGGGGGAGGGAGUAUGACGACGCGCGUUCCUCUCUGGAGCGGCUGAGACAACUCCCAAUCCCUUUCUUUCCGUCUCUCCCCUCUCCCCUCUCCACCAGGGCUGGCAGCACCCAGUGCACCGAGCCCACCUCCUUGACUUUUGAGUCGACUCAAAACGAGGUGACUUUUGAGUGGACUGAAAAGUCACCUCAAAGCAGCGGUGGAGCUGGGAAUGUUCGGCCGCGGCUACGUGUGGAUCACCACGGAGCACACCUCUUCCUUCUGCACACUAACUCCACACUGCACCCUAACUACUUCCUCCCCCUACUCGCCCCAUCCCUUCUCUUUCUUCCACCAGCGGUGGAGCUUGGAAUGUUCAGCCGCGGCUAUGUGUGGAUCACCACGGAGCCCACCUCCCUCCAGUCCUUCACAUACGAUGGCGCCACCGCCUCCUUCAUGCCGCAAGUGCAGGUGGGUGACAUGAAUGAUAUGUUAUGUUGCCCUCUUCCAUGCGUCUUCCAUGCGUCUUCCAUGCCUCUUCCAUGCCUCUUCCGUGCCUCUUCCGUGCCUCUUCCGUGCCUCUUCCACGCCUCUUCCGUGCCUCUUCCGUGCCUCUUCCGUGCCUCUUCCAUGCCUCUUCCGUGCCUCUUGCGUGCCUCUUCCAUGCCUCUUCCGUGCCUCUCUACCUAUGAACGACCAUUGAGCCAGCAGAAUUUCCUCAAAAGCCCCAGCUCAAAAGGCCUCAUAUCCAUGGCGUCUUUUGUCCCGCCCUCGCCUGCCCUCACGGUCUUUCGAGCAGAGUGGAAGGAGCACAUGUCGGGGCAGGAGGGGCCUUCUUCUCCAAAGGCGGACGUGUAUGCACUGGCGGCAUACGACGCGCUGGUGCUGGUGGCUCAAGCGGUGCACAACAACGUGCUUUGUGGCUCUCAACCCAGUGCCCUCCUAUGUAUCCCCUCUUCCCCACCAACCCCUCCUCCUCCCUGCCUCCCCCAGGCGGACGUGCGGACGUGUAUUCACUGGCUGGCAUACGACGCACUGCUGCUGGUGGCUAAAGUGGUGCACAACAACGUGCUGUGUGGCUCUCAACCCAGUGCCCUCCUAUGUAUCCCCUCUUCCCCACCAACCCCUCCUCCUCCCUGCCUCCCCCAGGCGGACGUGUAUUCACUGGCUGGCAGCAUACGACGCCCUGCUGCUGGUGGCUUAGGCAGUGCACAACGUGCUGAUGGCUCAACCCACCCAUUGCCCUCCUAUGAAUUCUUCCUUUGUUCCCUCCUCCUCUCACCACAGGCGGACGUGUAUUCACUGGCAGCAUAUGACGCCCUGCUGCGGGUGGCUCAGGCAGCGGACGUGUAUUCACUGGCAGCAUACGACGCCCUGCUGCUGGUGGCUCAGGCGGUGCACAACGUGCUCUCAGGCGACGCCACCAAUGGCGCCGACUCCCAGAACGCCCUGGUCGAGCCUGUGCCUCCCUCUCAAGGCCCAGGGGCUUAUAACGAGGAUGGGGCCAACAGUGGGAGUUUCCCAGGGGUGGAAAGUGGUGGUGUAGCUCGUGCUGCUGGUGCUGCCGGUGCUGAGGGGAAUGGUAGCAGUAGCGACGGGAGCAGCGGUGGCGCUGCAGCAGGUUCUGUCCUCGUUAGUAACAGUUCCGCUGCUGUCCAGGAGCCUGGCACGUGGACUCAUGUGCCCAUGCCUGUGGUGGCGCCUGGUGAUCCUGCCAGCUCGCUAAUCCCGAUUCUUUCUGGCGCAGCUCGGAGCAAUUUUGGGCCGCUGCUGCGGGAUGCGCUGCUCCAGGCGUCUGUGAUGGGCGCCACAGGCAGGGUGCGGCUGACUCCGGAGGGCGACGUGAAGGACGGGUCGGUUCAGCUGCUGAAUGUGCGGGGCAGCGAGUUCGUCACUGCUGGGUACUGGCGCCUGGGGAAGGGCUUCACCACCUCCGAUGACCCACUAGCCCCAGCAGUGCAGGCCAACAGCUCUACCACACUCAACCUGCUGUUUCCAGGCAAUCUCGAAAAGGCGCCCUCAGGGUGGCUGGCCCGCCAACAGGACCCGCUGCGGAUCGCCGUGCCGAACAAGAAAGGCUACAACCAGUUUGUCGAGAUCCUGCCGCCCACCGCCGCCCAGGGAAACGACCGCUUCACGGGGUUUUGUCUGGAUCUGUUCCGGGCGGCAGUGGCGCGGCUGCCUUACGAGCUGUCGUACGAGUUUAUGCAGUUUGGGGAGGGCGAUGCCACCCCGAGUUACACCGAGAUGGUCUAUGCUGUUGCGAACAAUUUUGGGGAGGGCGACGCCACUCCUCCCAGCUACACUGAGAUGGUCUAUGCUGUGGCCAACCAUUUUGGGGAGGGCGAUGCCACUCCUCCCAGCUAUACUGAGAUGGUCUAUGCUGUGGCCAACCAUACGUACGACGGAGCCAUUGGAGACAUUGCUGUGCUCAAUUUCCGCAGCGAAGCCGUCGAUUUCACAACAUACGAUGGAGCCAUUGGCGACAUUGCUGUGCUCAAUUUCCGCAGCGAGGCCGUCGAUUUCACAGCCCCCAUCCAGCAUCGUGCACCCACAUUGUCACUCUCUCAUAUAAUCACUCUCUUAACCCUUGAUUCUCCUACUGCCCCUCUCCUGCCCCUCUCCUGCCCCCCUCCUGCCCCUCUCCUGCCCCUCUCCUGCCCCUCCCCUGCCCCUCUACUGCCCCCUCUCCGGGAAAAUGUGGCUGCUGCUCGCUUGCCUCAUCGCAUUCACUUCACCAGCCCCCUCCUGCCCUCCCCUGCUCCCUACUCCUCCCCCUCUCCUGCUUCCUCCUCCCCUUCCCCUCUUCCCAUUCCCCUCCCCUUCCCCUAUUCCUCUUCCCCUCUUCCCAUUCCCCUCCCCUUCCCCUAUUCAUCUUCCCCUCUUCCCCUCUUCCCCUCUUCCCCUCUUCCCCACUUCCCUUCCACCCCACCCACCCACCGCGUCCGCUCUUCCACCCAAUCAGCAAUCAGGGCUGAGCCUGGUGUCCUAC